GGGCCUUCAUUGCUGUGUGAUCACGAGAGAACCGAUGCCAUGGCUGCACCACAUGCAGCGCACAAUGGGACGACGCCCACAGAAUUCCAGCAGCAGGUGGUCCGGGACCUUCACUGGGUCAUGGCUUCGCCACACUUGCUGCAGGAGAGCCAGAGCUUAUCCAUUUGGCCUGACGAUCGGGGGCGCAAGUUAGCCGAGAGGAGCCGGGAUUGGCUGCUGCAGCUCGAUUCGGACCCAAGUCCUCUACACGAGUGGCUGCUUGCGCAAGAAGAUUUUCACAGGAUAGGCCACUACUUCGCGGCCCUGGUGGAGUUUUGGCUUCGUUGGUGUCCUGUGCUCAAUGCGACCAAGGUGCUCGCGCGCCAGCAGGUCACAGCGGAGGAGCCUGCUCCCGAGAGACCGGGUCAGGAGGACUACACGACGAAUCAGCUGAAGUUUCUGGCACGUUUGGAGGGAGAUGAAGCACUUCAUCUUGAGGCUGCAUUUCACUUCAGCUUAGCUCGAGGACCCCGGGAGGUGGACGUGGUGGCCUCGCGCUUCGCUGGAGGAUUCUUGCACGAGUCCUUAUGCUGGCGCAUCCUGGAAGCCCGAAUCCGGGCACGACUUGCGGCGGAAGCUUCUGUGAAGAAGCAGCUGCAGGAGUGGCUGGGCGCGUCUCCAAGCUUCCAAUUCCUCCUCCGCGGUCGCGUCUUCUUCGAGGCCCGCUCGGUGAUGUCGAUGCGGAGCCUCAAAGACCCGCUGAAAUGCCCUGCCAGUGAGGGUUUGGGCUUACUCAGCUCUUCGCAGCCGGUGGGCUGGUGGACCUGGGAUCCCUCCGAGCUCUUGACUGCUCCUGGUGCUCACGAGUCACGGUGGGUCCCUUUGCUCUACAAACGUUACUGGCUAUCUCCGGUCGUGUGCAUGGAGCAGUCGGAUGGGUCCAUUCGCACCGAAGGGGAUUCAAAGAUCAAUCUGAAGAGCAUCGAGUCCUUCUCAGGUGAGGAGUUCGUGCGCAUCAUCGUGGCACAUCGUCAUCUCAAGGCGCGGAAUCCUGUCCUGGUUUCAGAAGUUCAGAGACAAGCUAAUGGACGUUGGGAGGAGGUGUCCAAAGGCUUUGUCCUCCCACGGAAGUGGAGCAUGGCUCCCGAAAGCGCGACAGCUAUGAGGUCUUCCGACCUGAAGGCUGAAACCUCCAUCACUCGGCUCCAACGCUCCAUGGAGCAAGUGUUGCAGGCUGAAGGCAUUGACGCCUGGUGGUGCCAGGUGGAACGCCUGGAGCUGGCCGCGGAGGAUACGGAGAGGAGAUCAGCAGAGGCACAAGAGCGCAGGGCCUCUGCACUGUGGCAGCCGCCAAAAGCCCGAGAAGCACUGCCCAAAGCAGGGCUUGUGGAAGCCCUGGAAUCGCGCUGGGCCAGCACUAAUGAAGAUGAGCUGUGCGACACCCGCGCAGCGGUGCUUUGCCACUUGGCGGAGACAGCAGACUUGACGCAGACCUUGAUUGACCUCCUGCUCGAGAUUUUCCAGCGAUGCAGGCAGCCAAGAGCCUUGGGGCACGUCGUCUUGGAUGCUGCCCAACGCCUCCUGCGUCGGCGCGACAAGGUGUUUUACGACCGGCCCUUGACGCGAGGAGCUUCAGCUAAGUGGCAGCAGCUGAUUGAAAGGGCUGCCAGCGGCAUGUUUUGUCCCAAAGUCGUGGCGAAGGCCUCCAAGCAACUGGGCAUGGAGGCGGUGGCCACGAAGGGUCGCCAGGAAUCCGUGGCUGAUCUUCUGGCGCGCUUCGAGGACUUCAACUUCCCCGAUCGACCCAUCGAGUCGACCCAUCGCGAGGCCACCUUAACAGGUGCCGUACAGCUUUGCACCUUGCGCUUGCAGCAGUUGCAGCGCCAGCGAGAGGCCCGAAGAUGCCGCGAGGAGACAGAAGACUCAGAAGACCAAGCUGAAACUGGGGGCUGCUGCUUGGGUGGCUUUGCUUGCGACUCCAACUGCUGCCUAGCAGUGUGUCGUUGUGAAGCAAGGUGCUGUUGCCGAUGCCGCUGCGACCUGCUGCUGCGAGUGGAUGAGGUGCAGCCCCUCUUCUUGUGGUGCGCGUCGCACGGCGAGCUGGCGCCAGCCAAAGCCCUUGCGCAGACGGAGCUUUGUGGCGCCAUUGCCCAGAGCUUGGAGGCGGACUUGGCGGCCCUCCUACAGGCCUCCGGCGUUUCCCUGGGCCGGCGGCAGCGGCGGCGCGUGAACGAGCCAAAGGCGGCAGCAGCGGCUCCGACUCCUGCGACUGCGAAGGAGGCCUUCCGAGCGCCUUUACCGCCCUUGGAGCUUUGGCCAGACGUGGAGCUGCAUUGGAUAGAGUGCUUGUCAGGUGUCUCUGAGGAGAUCCUGGCACGGACCCAGCUCGAGGGAGGUGUGAUUGCGCUGGAUGCGGAAUGGAAGCCCUUUCAGUCUGGAGAAGCACCAACGCCGAUGGAGCUGCUUCAACUCGCAGUGCCCAGCAGAUGUUGGCUUCUGGACCUGCGAGCUGUGCAGUGGUCAGCCCUGCAAGCCCUUUUGCGCCAGCUUUGCAGCUUGGAUGCACCCCCU